AGCCCACAGAGAAGAAAGGAAGCCCAUUUAUACCCCACCUUUGGAUAAUCUAUCUCCAUAUUCUCCAUUCUCAAACGAUACCAAAAGUCAAUAGCAUUUCUUCAUCUGGGAGUCUCAGAUCGGAAGAGAAAAUGGGCGGAGUGGAAUUGGUGCUGCCUAAGGAAUACGGCUAUGUGGCUAUUGUUCUAGUUUUCUACUGCUUUCUCAACCUCUGGAUGGGUGCCCAAGUUGGCAAAGCCCGCAAACAGUUCAAAGUGCCAUAUCCAACCCUCUACGCUUCAGAAUCUGAAAACAAAGAUGCCAAGCUCUUCAACUGUGUUCAGAGAGGGCAUCAGAACUCGCUGGAGAUGAUGCCCAUGUUUUUCAUGCUGAUGAUACUAGGAGGGAUGAGACAUCCUUGCGCGUGCGCUGGGCUUGGUUUGCUUUACACAGUGACUCGCUUUUUCUACUUCAAAGGGUAUGCCACGGGCGAUCCCCAGAAGCGUCUCACUAUAGGGAAAUAUGGCUUCUUGGCUUUGAUGGGGCUUAUGGUCUCCACUCUUUCCUUCGGGGUCAGACUGCUGCUUUGAUCAAUGAUGUUGAUCAAUGUUCUUGCUUAAUUCUGUUUUUUGGGAUUUUCAAAUAAGUUAAAAGGAAUUAAUAAUGUUUGGAUUUUAUGGGUUUUAGACUUCUUAAGUUUAGCCGUGAAGUUAAAUUCCAUGUAAUAGUUUUCUUUUGUAAGCUUUCAGUACCUUUGUACUACAAUCGAAUCCUCCAUUACAAGGUGGGGGAUCUGAUGGUUGGUGAUUUUGAGUCAGUUUUCUAUAAUGAGUAGGGGGUUUUACUUUUCA